UACAUGUAUAUGUAUAUAUUUAUGUCUUUCAAAACUUACAUAAUUGAGCCGAAAGAUCAUUAUUAUUCAGUCCUUCAGAUCAUCUGAUAUCUUCUGAGAGUGAACACAGCUUUUAAAUUUGACAUCUGCAUAUUUGAAAGUAAAAUGCCUUGUUGGCAGUGUUCAGUUUACUCACAGGGCUAAGAUCAAGAAUUGGUUGAAGCCUGCCAAGAUGUUUAGAUACCUUUAGGUAUACAGUACUGCUUACCAAGUACUGUACUUGAGUAAUUAGCAAGCUCGAAUACAAUGAUUAGCAAAACAGGAACUUUAUCUUAACUGAAUCCUCUAGCACAGUGAUAGUAGCCCUUUCUGAAAUGUUGCAUGUGCUCAGAAAUAUUGUAUUCCUUGUCUGCUCUUUUUAUCCAUUGGGAAAGCUGCCUCCUUCCAGCCCUUGGGUGUUACCACCUACCCACACAAGCUGGUUUUUAGCUUGGUUCUUCACUGCUCAUCACUGUAUCCUCUGCCAGCUCAGCAGGGGCAAUAGCAGCAACAGCUGGAGUUGGAGCGGACUUGGUGGGUUUAUGCUUGUAGUCCCAAAUGCCAGUUCUGGCACACCUACCACUGAUUCAUUUAAUAGCUCUUGAUUUUGUUCUAACGGCGGUUGGUGGUCCUCCUUUGGAAUGAAAGUUAGUAACUUCCUUCUCCUUGGAGAGAUGUAGUUGUUCAAAACCAGAAAAAGGUGGCACUGAGCAACUGCAUCUCUUUACAAAAAGUUGCUACCUUUUAUUUUAAUCUAUCUAGGCAAUGAAAAAUAAAGGCAGAGUUCUUCAUCUUAUGAAGAAAUAUGUUUUAUUUACAGCUAAAACUUUCAUAAUUGCAAACACCAGCAUGAAUUACCAAGGCCCACUUUCAUGAGACCGCUCACCCUUGUGUUGCCACUUUUCACAUGGCAGAUUGUGGUAUAGCUUCCACUGCUGAAGCAGCUUUACCGGUAGCCCUAGGGACUUUUAAAAAUUUUAUGCUGGUCUAAAGAAAAUGAGAAUACCUUCUUUAUGCAUACAUUCUUGCAGCCAGUUGUAUAUCCUACUUAUGGUGUGACUCAGUAAGCCUUUUUUUUUAAUUGCCUGAUAAUUUAUAGCAGUUGAUCAUGGUUUAAUCUGUCUCUGUAUGAUAAAAAAAAUUAAGCCAAAUAUUUAUCUGUACAAGAAAUAAGAAUAAAAAUAAUGAUAAAUUUAUGUAAAAUCUUGCAUAUUACUAAAUUGAAUAUAAUACAUGUGACUAUAGUUUUUUCACAACUUUGGCCUUAUCUAGAAAUGAAUUCUUAAACUUUCCCUGAAUGGAUGGUUAUGUAGAUAACUGCUUCACUAGCCAGCUGAACCUGUCUUGCGUUGACUUCCAUCUUGAUUGUGGCUUGCAGAUGGGUCAGGGACUCUGGAGAGUUGCUAGGAACCAGCAACUGCAACACCAAGGAUACAGUGGACAAGGCUAUUUUACCAGAGAACAUGGUAGGAGGAUAGCUACCAACAGUGUUGCCAAUGCAAGCCAUCGCAAACAAGCUCAAGGAGGCAUUGAUAUCUACCACCUGUUGAAGACAAGAAAAACUAAAGAACAAGAAGGAUUCAUUAACCUGGAAAUGCUGCCACCAGAGCUUAGUUUUACCAUUUUGUCAUACCUGAAUGCAACUGAUCUCUGUCUAGCUUCGUGUGUCUGGCAGGAUCUUGCUAAUGAUGAGCUUCUCUGGCAAGGGUUGUGCAAAUCCACUUGGGGUCACUGUUCUAUAUACAAUAAGAGUCCACCUCUAGGAUUUUCUUUUAGAAAAUUGUAUAUGCAGCUAGAUGAGGGCAGUCUCACCUUUAAUGCCAACCCUGAUGAGGGAGUCAACUACUUUAUGUCCAAGGGCAUACUAGAUGAUUCGCCGAAAGAAAUAGCUAAGUUUAUCUUUUGCACAAGAACACUAAAUUGGAAGAAGCUGAGAAUCUACCUUGAUGAAAGGCGAGAUGUUUUGGAUGACCUUGUGACACUGCAUAACUUCAGAAAUCAGUUCUUGCCAAAUGCACUGAGAGAAUUCUUCAGACACAUUCAUGCUCCUGAGGAGCGUGGGGAGUACCUUGAGACUCUCAUAACAAAGUUCUCUCACCGAUUCUGUGCUUGUAACCCUGAUUUGAUGAGAGAGCUUGGCCUUAGCCCUGAUGCAGUUUAUGUACUGUGUUACUCUUUGAUUCUACUUUCCAUUGAUCUAACAAGCCCUCACGUGAAGAACAAAAUGUCAAAGAGGGAAUUCAUCCGAAAUACACGACGAGCUGCACAGAAUAUUAGUGAAGAUUUUGUAGGGCACCUUUAUGACAACAUCUACCUUAUUGGCCACGUGGCUGCCUAAAAGCACAAUUUGCUAGCACUUAAAAUUUGUAAUUUUCAAAAACUACAUCAAUUCAAGAAAUUAAUAAUUUUGUAGAGAUGGGGGUUAUUUUAGUGCUGGUCAUUCUAACCUCUGUAUGCAAUCAAAGUUUGUGUGUGUAAGCGUGUGUAUGUGUAAACUACCUUUUCUAUCUAUUUACCAUGGAAACAGAAAAAUUUGGAGAUUCUGUUUUUCAUAAUUUUUUUUAGUUUUGCACAAAACGAUGCCAUUGGUCUGACACAGCCAUUUAUGAAUGUUAAACUGACAUUACAGUCUAAGCUGACAAAGUGGUGGAUUUGUGCAUUAGAUCUGCUUGAAACUUUAAUAAGUUCAUUCUUUUUAGAAUACCAUGUAAUGUGUAUAUAUUUAAUGAAAGAGAUUUAUAAUCAUAAUUAUUUUAUUGUAAAAUAUUUUAACUAAAAUUUCUUCUUUUAUCUCUUAAGUGUUGUACUUCUUUCAUUUGCAUUUUUUUACAGUGCUGACUACCUCAGAUACGUAAUUUAGUGAAAUAUUGAUCUGAAUACUACAAUAAAGUUUACUUUAGGAGAUGACAGAACAUUUGUAAAAUAUUUAAGAUGAUAUCUAAUACUGACUAACUUGAAUUAGCAUAUUGCCAACCUGCUAUUCACUCAAUUUUAAAGAAGAUUAUAACCACUAUUUUAGAUGAAUCCUGAUGUCAUACAGGGACAGCCUAGGAAAAUCAUGCAGUUUACCUGGAGAGUUUACCUAACCUAUAUUGCAGGCGCUAGUUAUUGGAGACAUAGAACAAGUACAGUUAUCUAUUCAGCAUGGUAAGAAAGGAGAAAUCUCAACAGGGAAAGUGGUAGGGGCAGCUAACAUGUUGCUGCUUUCAACUGCUUCCCUCAGUUUAGAAGUGUCAAUGAUGGAAAUGCCUAGGCAAAUAUAUACCAGAUGACUCAUUGCAAAAGCUGUUAAAAACUGACUGUGCAAGAUCAGAGCAGUGACUGUGCAGACUGGAGAGGCGACCUGGACUCAGAUACUGAAUUAAUUAUGCUUUCUAAGUCUGACAUGUAGCUGGAUUUUAAAUAGUUCUGGAUUUAUGAAAAUACUUAAAUAUGGUCUUGGUCAGAUUGUGUUUUACAUUUUCUGAAGUGCAUAGAAUAUUAAUAUUAGUGCGUGUGCAGGAACUGAAUAAGGAUUUGCCUGGUUUUUGUUCAGAUAUCUCAUAGAGCAGUGCUUUUCUUAAAUUGACAUAAAAUGUAGUUGAAAUCAGAGCUGUUCCUGAUUUUGUCUGUUUACAUAAUAUUCAGCUAUCGCUAGCAUCUGGAUUCAUCAUGGUAACAAGUAGAUUUAUCCUUUUUCCUUAUCACACCAUGAGGUGAGGUAGAAAGAUACUCUUAGUUCUGUUUUACAGAUUAAUCUGAUUUUUAUUUGUCUGUGUAGGAAGCCUAAGGCAGAGCUGAGAAUUGGAUUCAAGUCAUACUCCUCAAAGGCAUGCACUUUGCCCACACUGCUGCUUUCCAUUUGGUAUCUAGGGAGUGUUACAUUUGUCUUGGGUACCAGAAGAGCAAUGACAAUGACAGUACACAUAAGGGCUACAUAAAUGACAGGGAGGAAACAAUGUAGCUACUGCUGCAAUCUAAGUGUUCAGUACAUUUUGGUUAUAGCUCUGGUCCACAUGUAAAAAUGCACCCAGAAAAAGUUGUGGGUUUUUUAUUACAUUACCUUUAAUCAAGAGAAAACGCCAUUUGUAUUUGUAGCAUACACAGCCAAAGCCAGGAGCCAGCAGCAGCACAGCUAUUUUCCAGACAGGUUUUACAGUAUUCCUCCCCUCUCUCAGGAUAACUUCAUCCUGUGUCAUUUCAUAUAUUUCAGGAAGCCCAAGGAUGCAUUUCACGUUGGUCAAUUAAUCUCAAGUACAAAUAAAGAUUAUAUGGUAUGUUGGGGAGCUUUGUUUAAGGCACAGGUAUCUGGUCCUGUUAAAACACAAAAACAAAACAAACCAAAACCAAACAAAACAAGCUGGAAAACUUUUAUCAUGAUCUGUAAAAACAGUGAUAAAGGAUAAAUGUCUCUGUACUCCUUAAUGUGAUCUUAUGGAAACCGCAGAAUAUGGCUUUCUAGAAAACACUCCUCAGAAGUUACACACUUUAACAAGAAGAAUUCAGUGACUUUUGAAAUUACAACUAAUCUUAUCAGGAAAUGUUUUCUUCUCAAACCACAAAUGCAGAGCAAGAGUCUCUUCUGACUGGUAUUUAUGUUAACAUUAGUGAUACUGGUUUUGAUUUUCCACUGAUACAAGAGUAUGAAUUGUUAGUCUGCAUUUCUCUUAAUUUCCAGUUACCCUCAGUUCCCAUCCUCAAACAGAUAGAGAACAAAGCCUCCAGGCAGACAGAACAUGUUUUUUCUGGAAUAUCUGAGUACAUCUAUUUACAAGCUUUAGAAAGCUUCAGGGCCAAUGUAACAGCCAAGAAGAUAAAUUAGAAGCAGGAUGAUAUGGUUAAAGUUUCCAUAAAACACAACUCCAGGGGAAGAGAAAAAACAAAACAAAACCAAACCCUAAUCACAUACAGAUAACAGCAUCUGAUCUUCACAAUAGGAUUUUGAACAGUGUUAGAUGGUUAGCACCCAACUCAUGGUGUACAUUAUGUUACUAACUCAAAGUGGAACAGAAAACAGCAAACACAACAUGCCAAGUGUGAAUUCCCUUAGGGGUAACCAAGAAACAAAAAAUUACAAGAGAUGUCUUCUGUCCUCUUGUCUUUUGAAAUUCGAGUCUUUGUCCAGAGUGGCAGAGAAGUAAUUUUUUUUUCAUUUUAAGAAUGUAGAUUUUGCAUGAAGUUAGGCUAUUUUCUGUCUUAAAAGAAACAAAAAAAAAAACCAAAAAAAACCAAGCGUAAUAAUACUCUUGUAAAGUGAGAAAGAUAAAGUUUGAAUUCUCUUAGUCAUCGUCUAAAAGCCCUCUAGCAACUUAAGUUUCGGGCAGUGUCUUCUUCAAUGAACUAUUGGUGCCUCCACAUACAUUUAAAAGAAAACAUACUUCAUUGAUCCAGGUGUCACUAAAGUAUGUGAUGUGGAAAUAGCUACUUAAUAAAACACGUCAGAAGACUUAGGAUAAAGGAUCCCAAGCCUAAUUACAUGGGCAGGAUCAUAUUCAUAGCUGUGAAGUGAUUCCUGAGCUAUUGUGAUUCUGCCACUGCUUGUCCUUUGAACUUUGGCCAUGGGAUGUUGCCUUCAUGCUGAUUGUACACAGCACUGAAGGAAGAAAUGAGCCUGCAGCCCAUCCCCCUGAAAACACUAGUUAUUCUGGUCCUAAAAGACACCAAAAGUUGUGCGCUGAAUGGCCAUUUCUGAAAUUUUGCUAACUUUAGUGUAUCCAGAUGUGACGGACAACAGUUCUUUGUUCAGAUCGGGGAAGUGAAUGUACCUGUGUCCAUGUACAGUGUCACAUGUCUGAUUACAGAUAAUUUUUGCCUUUAUUAAUUCUGAGGCUCUCAUUGCAUUUAUUCAAGGAAUACAGCAUAUAUUACAUAUUCACAUGGUUUAGUUAUAGACAGUGUCUGAUACUCCGCAUUUUCUCAAAACUUUUUCUGUCUUAAAUACUUUCCAUACUCUAAACAACAGAUUUAUUCAUCUUUGGCUUUUUGAAAUAAAUCAAAGCUGCUUCAACAUACAAAAGCCCAAACAACUGUAAGUCAGAAACACGUUUGUCAAUUUUGAAGUGGGCAAGCAAUUCGCGUUCGGGGGGAAAAAAAAAAAUCAAUUUUUUCUCUUAAACUUUUCCCUCCCAUAUUGGAAAAAGAAAAAUUAUAAACAGUUUCAAAAUACAGAUUUAGGAAAAUAAACUGUCUAUCUGGGCAAAUAAAUGUUACUAUUUCCUCUUCGGUAUACACCAGUUUAUUGAUGUUCUUUACAUAAACAAAUUUAUCAACAGGAAUUGCUCUUUUUUGAAGUGGUAAUAGUUUUGCUUUCUCUGUAAGGCUGUCAUUGUGCAAUCUGAUAUUUUUAUAGUUUGGAUUUUAGAAAACAAGUAUUAAAUUAUUUUAAGUACUUUAGCAAAAUUGAGAUAUACCUACUUGAUCAUGUUAAAAUGUCAAAAUAACAGUAUGAAGUAUUUAGAAAAGCCAGAUUUAGUUGUGUUCUAUUGGAUUGGGAUUUUUUUUUCCUUUCACAUAUUUCAUGUAAGUAUCAAAACUAAUAAACAUUAAGGCUGAUGACUUGUUCUCUGCCAUUGUAAAAUCUACCACUCUAAUCUCAAAAGCACUAUUAAAAUGGACAAAGAACAGACUUAAAGGAUUUCCUGUGUCUCCCAUAGGCACAUUAUGGUUUCAUUUUGCCUUAAAGGGAAAUAAUAUACAAACUUUUAUCAUCUACAUAUAAUAGUGAUUUUAGUAAGAUAAAAUUUUAUGUGAGCUUCUAAUAUUAUUUAUCAGAUGUUAAAAGUUAAGACUUACCGUACAAUGUAUGUAAUUAAAUCAUAACCAGAUAGCUAGGAUUAGUUACAGAAAUAAACAUGUAUGUAAAAAGCUUCAGAGAGAUCACAUUGCUCCUUCAUCACUUCAGUGCUUUUGCUGACAAUGAUGUUAGUAAAUUUGAAUUUUCAUUUCUUAUUCAUAUAAACAAGCUUAGAGAAGAGACGGAUUAGAAGAUGUUUACACAGAAUGCUUCUAUUUCCUAUGUGAAUUUUUCUUGAGUUAAAAAUGAACUUUCUGUAUUUGCUUUAUAAUUUCAAAAGUCAAAAAACUACAAUUCAUUGAAAGACUGAAGAGGCUCUGAUUUUCAUAUGUGGUUCACUUGUAGCACCUAAUACAGAAAACAAGCAAAAAGCAUGAUUCAGAUUCCUAGCAAUCCAACAAAUGCAUUAUUUUUAAGCUUAAAAAUACUACUUACUGAGUAUGUGUACAUGACAGAAAUCAAGCAUAUUUAUGUGAAAGCAACAUGGUCAGGAUACCAGUUCUUUUCAGAGAGAAUACUCAUUUGUAAAAGUUAGCUUUCUUCUUGGCAGCAUUGGAGAGGAAUGUUGGAUUUAAUUUAAAAUGAUUAAUGAGAUUUUGUCAGACUCCCUGCCUUUACCACCGCUGCAGUUUGUCAGCACAACAACCUGGGAAACCCGGACGCCACUCUGUCGCCCAAAACAGCUUUCCAGGAAAAAAUAAACCUGAGUAACUAGUGCCAGGUACAUGUCAAUGCUAUUGUCUUUCAGCUGUUGAAAGUUUAACUCUAAGUUCGGACAUUUACACAUUCUGAGGAAGUGAACCUCAUUCAUUAUUUCAAUGGUCUGGUUUUGUCAGUGAAUACCAGUAUAAAAUGAACUUUUCAGAGCAGGCAUAGCCUUUAUUAUAGCCUUGUGGAAAAUCCUAUGAUACACGCAGAUGAGAAAUUCUUUAAGAGGAAAAAAAUCAAAGCUUGUCCAGGUAAGCUUUUUCUGGAGAAAGACCGUCUAUGCAACCUGUCUCAUUUUUGGCUGCAUUCCAUUAAGAGAACCUCAUCCUCCAAGCCCUACACCCAUGGAUAGGCUGCCAAGUGGCAAGGAAUGCUCUGCUGGACUUGAGGCGGACACAUCUGUAUGCACACAUAUGCUGAUAGCCAAACCCCAACAAAUUCACAAUACUUUUCAUAUGCAACUGUAACAUAAGAAAAUGAGCAAUUCUUUUGAAACGUAAGGUAGAUGAUACUGAAAAUUAUUUACAAUUUCUCUUUUUCUCUUGUGGGAAUUUAUUCUGUUGGGCUACAGUUUGAGCAUUGUGUUCUUCUGACACAUGAAAUAAAUACACAAAAAAUGAAGACUUUCAUUUCAAAAGCAGCCUUGCCCUUCCAGGGAAACAUAUGUCUGCCUGGGCUGUGCAGGUCUUUCUGCAGUCACAUAACCCUGUAUCAACAAACUGACCUUUCCUUCACUCUUGUGGACCUGUUUACAUAUAAGUUUAUCCACUAACGCUGCAGGCUAAAAAUCCUGUGAGGCUUCAGAGCGAUGUACAUGGUGAAAAAGACUUAGUACUGGUUUGCUGCACAAUGCAAAACAGUCCUUAUGGGGCAUGAUGCCACAGGUAUUCUUUGCAUUACUUUUAUCUUAGCUAUUUCUUACAUGUGAAAAGUACUUUCACAACUGUUGUUUCCCCAUCUUCACUCCAUAAUUCAGACUAAUUGCCAUAACUACAUGCAACACAAUUGAAU